AUGGCCUUCGGAAGGAAAACGGGAAGUAUUCUAGCGACUACACUUUCGCUACUUCUUCCUGCUGUCAUCUGCACUGUCAAGAUCAAACCCCUGGUGUUUGAGGAUCAGCUGUUAUGGGUGAGCGGAGUGGAGGGGGAGGUGAACACCUACAGGAUCCCUCUGAUCACCUUUACCACCAUGGGAAGUCUGCUGGCUUUCGCCGAGGGUAGGAAGUCUUCAUCCAGUGACGAGGGAGCAAAGUUCAUCGCGAUGCGGCGGUCUAUUGACAAAGGAUCCACGUGGUCACCAACCAGCUUCAUUGUUGACGACGGACUUGACCGGGACGGCCUUAACCUAGGCUCGGUGGUUGUAGACCAGGAAGUGGGCUCGGUUAUCCUGGUCUAUACUAUCUGCUUUCACCUGGAUAAUUGUAAUCCCGCUAGUACCAUGAUGGUAGAAAGCAAGGAUGACGGCCUGAGCUGGAGUCAACCCAGAAACCUCUCGGUCCAGCUUGGAGUCAAAAAUUUUGCUCCUGGACCAGGUUCUGGCAUCCAGAAGCGUUAUGAGCCAAACCAAGGAAGGUUGGUGGUUUGCGGUCAUGGAACGAUAGAAGGGGAUGGUGUAUUUUGCAUCCUGAGUGAUGACCAUGGGGACACAUGGUUUAACGGCGCAGCGCUGAAAAGCAUCCCUUACAACCAGAAAAAGAGGCCGCUGGACUUUAAUCCUGAUGAAUGCCAGCCAUUUGAAAUGACCGAUGGGAGCAUUGUCAUCAAUGUGCGAAACCAGAACAACUACCACUGCAGGUGUCGCGUGGUGGUGCGAAGCCGGGAUGGCGGAAUGUCACUGCCCAUAGAUGACCUGUAUUUCGACUACGAGCUGGUGGAUCCGGCGGUAGCAGCUGGGGCCUUUCAGAAAGAGGGGGUGCUCUUCUUCACCAACCCCUCCAACGCACAACAUAGGAUUAACCUGACCUUACGUUGGUCAGAGACUGACGGUUUGUUCUGGGAGAAAGAGGCUCUCCAGAUAUGGUCUGGCCCAAGCGGUUACUCCUGUAUUACCUCACUGGAUAGUGGCUCUGCAGACGACCGGAAACACAUUUUCGUCAUUUACGAAAAGGGCCACGAAAACUACUGGGAAACCAUAUCUUUUGCAAAGAUCCACCUUUACGGAGGCCAUUGA